GACGUUUAUACGAAAUUAAAAUAAGCGCCAUCGCGAAUUAUUUAAUUUUAUCAUACAAAAAUGCAAUAAAUCCCGAUAAAACAUAGUGCAAGUGCAUAAAUAUCUCCUUGAUUAUUAAGUGAAUUCAAAAUAUAUAAGGUUUUCUCCCAAAUUAUGCUGUAGUUGAAGUGUUUUCGUUUGACCAUUUGUUUUCAACUGUGCAAUGGAGGGCUCGUAGCUUUUGACAACCUAAAAUGGCGGCGUCUUUGAACUCAAAAAUAUAUUGAGUCACAUCAUUUUGAAAACAAGUUACAACUCUCUACAGUAUGAAAUAACUUUUAUUUUAUGUGAAGUGUUAAAACUAUCAGAAUGGAUCAUCAAUUAGAUGACUCGUUAAACCUGGACGGUGCUAUGGGAGUGGACUUUGAGCACAGUGUUGAUGUAGUAGACAGUCAGUCCACUCUGGCCUUAGAAGGAAGCAGCCACAUGGACGGUAUCUCGAUGGAGUUUGAAAAUAUUGAGGAGCAACCAAUGCUCAUGGAAACUGUGAAUGAGGAAACUGUUGGUCUGAUGGGGGAAGAGUAUACUUUAUCCUCAGAUCAUGACUUCAAUGUGCAAUCCAGCCAAGACUUAGAAACAACCAUAAUUGAUGCAAAUCAACAGAAUAUAAUGACUUCUGAAUCAAUAAUGGAUCUUCAGUUUGAACCCAAACAUAUACCUACACCUACAGCAUCUACAAGUACUCAAAGAAUAUCAAUAAAGGCCAUAACUCCUAGAGCAACAGCCAGCAUGCCUCGUCAGGUGGCCAUAGCGCCCAAGCCCACGCCGGUCGCCAAGCAGACCCUCGUGGCAGGCAAACACUUUACUAUCGCACCACGGACUGUCACUGCCAUUGCACCAAAACCCAUGACCGCCGUGCCCAGGAUGGGCGUGGUCAAAAAACUGGCGCUCAGUGGCGUCAUGCCCGGGCAAAAGGCUGGCCAAACUGUUAUUGCACAAAUUGGUAAGCAGUUAGUGAUGAUGCCGACGGGAGGUGGACAGAAGAUAAAGCUGGUGCAGUCCAGCGGUGGACAACCUAUGCAGGCACAAUUAAUAUCCACAAAAAACAUUAUAAACGCUCAAACUGGGAAAAAGCAAGUGAUGGCAAAAGUAGUCAUGCAACCAAACCAGGCGAGUGCGCUGAGCGCGUCGGACCAGCCGGCCGUGAUCACGAAGCUCACGCCGGCCGGCGCCGCGGGCGCGCCGCGCUUCGUCACCAUGCAGCAGAAGACUGUGCCCAUAUCCAUGGCCAACAGCAAGGUGGUGAUGGGCUCCCCUACGAGCUCUGGUCUGAGGUUCUCGCGGCCGAAGCAGCAGAUCAUUACCGUCAAGUCUUCGCCGAGUAAAAUAGCACCCGCGAUAAAAGGAGUAAGUGGGCAAAAGGUGGUAGUAGGUAAUCCUUUCAAGAACCUGGUGUUGAAAACUGCUAUACCGCACAAAACCGCACAAAUUAUGAAACCAGAUGGCCAAACAAUCAAUCUAUCUUCCGGUCAGCGACAACAAAUUCAAACUGUAAAUGGCGUGCAGUAUAUACGAUUAGUGACGAAUUCCACGUAUCCUUCUAAAGUGAAUGUGGCCCCGGUGGGGUCCAAGCAGCACCAAGCACUCUCAAUGUCCUCGAAAACAUUCCUCAUUCAAGAUAGUAAAGGUAAUUUAAUACAGAUGUCGGCGAGCAAGGUGCUGGGCAGCCAGCCGCCGCCGCUGGUCGUCACCGCUGGGGCUCAUAAAGUAUCGGGUAAACAGCCACAGAAGUUAGUGAGGAUAGCACCCGUCAUGACGAAAACUUCGCAGUCAAAUACAACCACUUUGACGAGCGCUCGGCCCGGGCAGAGCCUGCUAGCGCCGGUCCGUGUCAAAGAGGAAGUGAGAGAGGCGCCGGAGCCCGAGUACUGUCUCCGCUACCCGGACACGGAGGACAGCAAGGAGAGCCUGCGCGCGCUGCUAGAGGGCGCCACCGUCGAGCACCACCAGCAGGAGGUGGAGGUGGACUAUGAGCCGCUGCCGAGCCCGAUCCCGCGCGAGGAGGUGACCAUAACAACGGAAGAGGAAGAGUCUCGCAUGCACGACGGCUCGGCCGAGCACCCGCUCAUAGUGGUGCCGGCCGACGAGCCCGCGCAGUACGAGGAGCAGGUCGACCAUUCUACUGAACAUGAUGAUUCAUUCCGAGUGGGCCGGUACAUGGCCGAAGUAUUACAGUCUGAGCCGCCCUCGCCUCCUGAAAACGAAAAUGGCAUAGACGACCUGCGGCCGCGCAAGGCGUGCAACUGCACCAAGUCGCAGUGCCUCAAGCUGUACUGCGACUGCUUCGCGAACGGAGAGUUCUGCAACCGCUGCAACUGCACCAACUGUCACAACAACUUGGACAAUGAGGAGCAGCGGCAGAAGGCCAUACGCGGGUGUCUGGAUAGGAAUCCGAACGCUUUUAGGCCUAAAAUAGGUAAAGCGCGCGCGGGCGGGCCGGAGCCGGUGCGGCGACACAACAAGGGCUGCAACUGCAAGCGCAGCGGCUGUCUCAAGAACUACUGCGAGUGCUAUGAGGCGAAGAUAGCGUGCACGGCGAUCUGCAAGUGCGUGGGGUGCCGCAACGUAGAGGAGGCGCUGGAGCGGCUGCUGCGGCGGCGCGAGGCCGAGCACGACCCGCCGCGCGAUGCCUUCCGCCCGCCCGCGCCGCAUCUCAAGCAACCCUGCAGCUUCAUGACGACAGAAGUCAUAGAAGCCGUCUGCCAGUGCCUGAUCGCGGCGGCGGCGGAGGGCGAGGGCGCACAGGAGAAGGCGGAGGUGCCCUCCAUGGACAACACGAGCGACCCCGUCACGGGAGUCAUUGAGGAGUUCGCGCGGUGCCUGCAGGACAUCAUCAGUGCGUCGCAUCAAGGGCCUGGCGUUAAUAUGCUAGAUGAAGUCAGGAGUCGGAUAGGGUUGUAGGUGUUUCUGCUGUAUACGUGGUACAAGUCUUGUCACUGCUCACUACCUUGUUCACUCAUAUUCUGCAUUAUUUUCACUCAGCUAGUAGUGCGCUAUGUUGUCCUUUUAAAGGUAAGAAGCGAAAUAAUUAUUGCAAGUGAAACGCCAAAUGAAAUACAGAAUUUGAUUUGAUAUUGGAUUUCCAUAAGUUCGUAAACAGAAAUCAAAUAAGAUCACAUUAAAACCGUGUUCCGCUUCUGAUCUACUGGAUAUUUGGAGUUAUAGUACAGUUUGAGUGCAUUACUGAUGUAGAUCUUAUUUUUCCAACGCACUUGUUUAUUAGAAACACUAUAUCAGUCAUAUUAUUGCAUUACCCGAAUGUUCUGAUUGAGAGUCUGUGAUGUCAUGUCAGCCAUUUUAUACUAAUGUAUUUUAAUAUGUAAAUACUAUUCUUAUCUGAAUAACUGCAGCCUUGGGUAUUUUUAAAAUAUUGAAUCCUAGUGAUUGUAGAAGUCUGUUUUUUUAUAUCUACUUGAUCGCAUGAUGAAAUACAAUUUGUAUUGUGUACUGUAAUGGGUUGAAAAUAUUUUGGGAUUUUAUGCAUGUGUGCUGAAGCCAACUUAAAUUGAAUUCACAGUAAUCUUAAUAAUGUUAAGUGUAUUAUAAGUAUGAAUCAGAUUUUAUACAAGUUGUUAUUUUGGUAAUAAAUAAACCUAGGAAAUGCGUUGUAAAUAGAUGUAGACAAUUCACUAGUCAUAAGAGAGGUACCUUUCAACAAGGUUAUUAAUAAAUGCUAUAUUUUC